CGCAUGCCACGGAGCGCCCCUCGGGCCGCCGCCGCUCUUGUCCGGGCCCCUGCUGCUGCUGCUGUCGCCUGCGUCUGUUGCCCCAACUCGGCGCCCGACUUCUUCAUGGUGUGCGGAGGUCAUGUUCGCUCCUUAGCCGGCAAACGACUUUUCUCCUCGCCUCCUCGCCCCGCAUGUUCAGGACCAAACGAUCUGCGCUCGUCCGGCGUCUCUGGAGAAGCCGUGCGCCCGGCGGCGAGGACGAGGAGGAGGGCGCGGGGGGCGUCGGAGGCGGAGGCGAGCUGCGCGGAGAAGGGGCCACGGACGGCUGGGCGCAUGGGGCGGGUGGCGACGGCGCAGGCAGGGCUGGCUGCUGCCUGGGCAAGGCGGUCCGAGGUGCCAAAGGUCACCACCAUCCCCACCCCCCAGCCGCGGGCGCCGGCGCGGCCGGGGGCGCCGAGGCGGAUCUGAAGGCGCUCACGCACUCGGUGCUCAAGAAACUGAAGGAGCGGCAGCUGGAGCUGCUGCUCCAGGCCGUGGAGUCCCGCGGCGGCGCGCGCACCGCGUGUCUCCUGCUGCCCGGCCGCCUGGACUGCAGGCUGGGCCUGGGGGCGCCCGCCGGCGCGCAGCCCGCGCAGCCCACCUCGUCCUACUCGCUCCCCCUUCUGCUGUGCAAAGUGUUCAGGUGGCCGGAUCUCAGGCAUUCCUCGGAAGUCAAGAGGCUGUGUUGCUGUGAAUCUUACGGGAAGAUCAACCCCGAGCUGGUGUGCUGCAACCCCCAUCACCUUAGCCGACUCUGCGAACUAGAGUCGCCCCCUCCUCCUUACUCCAGAUACCCGAUGGAUUUUCUCAAACCAACUGCAGACUGUCCAGAUGCUGUGCCUUCCUCCGCUGAAACAGGGGGAACGAAUUAUCUGGCCCCUGGGGGGCUUUCAGAUUCCCAACUUCUUCUGGAGCCUGGGGAUCGGUCACACUGGUGCGUGGUGGCAUACUGGGAGGAGAAGACGAGAGUGGGGAGGCUCUACUGUGUCCAGGAGCCCUCCCUGGACAUCUUCUAUGAUCUACCUCAGGGGAAUGGCUUUUGCCUCGGACAGCUCAAUUCGGACAACAAGAGUCAGCUGGUGCAGAAAGUGCGGAGCAAAAUCGGCUGCGGCAUCCAGCUGACGCGGGAAGUGGACGGCGUGUGGGUGUACAACCGCAGCAGUUACCCCAUCUUCAUCAAGUCAGCCACACUGGACAACCCGGACUCCAGGACGCUGUUGGUACACAAGGUGUUCCCCGGUUUCUCCAUCAAGGCUUUUGACUACGAGAAGGCGUACAGCCUGCAGCGGCCCAACGACCACGAGUUCAUGCAGCAGCCGUGGACUGGCUUCACCGUGCAGAUCAGCUUCGUGAAGGGCUGGGGCCAGUGCUACACCCGCCAGUUCAUCAGCAGCUGCCCGUGCUGGCUGGAGGUCAUCUUCAACAGCCGGUAGCCGCGUGGGGAGAGGACGGAGCGCGAGCCGAGCCGGCCCGGUCCAAACUACUUUGCUGCUAAUGUUUUCCUCCUGAGUGCUUGCUUUUCAUGCGGACUCUUUGGUUGUUUUUCUACCCCAUCUUGUCGUUCUUGUUUAUGUUCUGCUUUGUUUUGUUCUUUGAGAAAUAGCUUAUGGAAAGAAUUGUCGGGGUUUUUUUUUUUUUCCCUUGGGCAGGAGGAGUGGUAGGGUUGGCAGAACAUCCAAAAUGAAACGGGGAAGCAAAAGUCAGAGUACCCCAAACCCAGUGUAUGAAUGAGGAUCCCUGCUUGGGGGGGUCAUUGUUUCGCUUGCUGGUCUCUGUGUGUGUGUGUGUGUGUGUGUGUGUGUGUGUGUGUGUGUGUGAGAGAGAGAGAGAGAGAGAGAGAGAAUGUCAGGUGGGGGACCCUGUGCUUGUGUAUUUCUUCCGGAAAGCAUUGUCUCUCUUGCCCUUUGGACAUGCUCAGAGGGUAGAGGCAGUACCUGGGCGAGCCCUGCUGUGGUGGCUGUGUCAGUAGCUGCCAGAAGUAAGGCUCUUCCACCAGCCUGGGGGAACGCCCGGCCGCCUCUCCCUUACUGCAACCCUGGCCUGUCCGCUGGCUUCUUAGAAGCAGCCCUGCUAGAGACCAGAACCAGUCGUUGCCAUUCUUGUCUUAACACCCUCCGGCCAACCCUCCUGCCUCCUGCCCCUGCCACUGUCCUGUCUUUUUUGGCCAUCUGCUCCUGGAUCUCUCUGAGAUGGGCUUCCCGAGGGCUGCCAGGGCAGCCCCGUCACAGUAUUGCUCACCCAGUGCCCUCUCAGGUGCGCGCCCCCCCUCGCCCCCCCAGCCUCUCCCCUGCCCUGGUUACAUCAGGUUUUUCCCGGACUCAGAAAACCAGCUCAGCACUUUCCUCCCUCCCCAGCCUGUGUGUUGAGCUCUGCUGUUAGACCAGCGAGGGGUGCACCCCUGGGAGGGAGACUCUCAGCAGGCCCCGUCCUGGGCUGACACCUAACUCUUUCAUUUCUUCUACGACUCAUACACUCGUAUGAUCCUUUGACACUGCUCUUAGCUCAAUGAGCAUGUUUAGACUUUAACAUAAGCUAUUUUUCUAACUACAAAGGUUUAAAUGAACAAGAGAAGCAUUCUCAUUGGAAAUUUAGCAUUGUAGUGCUUUGAGAGAAAGGACUCCUAAAAAAACUGAGAUUUAUUAAAGAAAAAUGUAUUUUAUGUUAUAUAUAAAUAUAUUAUUACUUGUAAAUAUAAAGACGUUUUAUAAGCAUCAUUAUUUAUGUAUUGUGCAAUGUGUAUAAACAAGAAAAAUAAAGAAAAGAUGCACUUUGCUUUAAUAUAAAUGCAAAUAACAAAUGCCAAAUUAAAAAAGAUAAACACAAGAUUGGUGUUUUUUUCUAUGGGUGUUAUCACCUGGCUGAAUGUUUUUCUAAAGGAGUUUAUGUUUCAUUAAACAAUUUUUAAAAUGUAUACUUGAUUCCAUGUUCUCCAGCUCCUUUUUCUUUGGGGUGGAAGGGCGUGGGGAGGGGCAUCCGUCAGAAUCCAGGUCAUUUGGGGGCUCCCUAGCCCAGGUCACUCGGUUGGGAGAACUUUCCCAAAGGGAGACACCCAGAACGGCCUCGUCUACCCUAGCUUUUCUUCCCCUUAGUGGGCUAGAAAGACCCAUGGCUGCACAGACCCUCCUCUUAUUAAACA